GUAAAUUUCAGAUGCAAGUAUUACCACGCUGCGGUCAUUGCGUUCACGAGGAUGCCCCAGACAAAGUAAGUGAAGUAACGAAUUCAUCUUCAGCUUAGAACGAUAAAUGAAGAAAAAAGUAGUGAUGAAAUAAUAAUAACAAUAAUGAUAAAUAUAAAAAUAAUACUUAAUGAUAAUGAUAACAAUGGUAUUAAAAACUAAAAAAAAUUAUAAUGAGCUUAUCAGGGUUAUCCAUGCCCUGUUGUGAACGGCUGUAUCACCUCCUCAGAGCAAUAUAAAAUUUCUCACAUUUAGUAACAAUCAUAACGAUCAAAUCUUUACUUUUUCCCGACGUAUUUUCGUGGUAUGAGUUAAGCAAAGUAGGGAAAUUGCGAAUGUUAAAAAUUUUGAAAACUGAAAAACUUGAAAAACAGGAUUCACGGUAAAGAGACCGAUUUUUAGAAAAGUUUACAGUGCCAUCAUAAGUAUCCCUUACACCGAAGUUAUAUCGUGUUUACACCUACUACUUGAGGUGACCUUUCCGUCUUUCCGUGUUCCGACCGUGGUUUGUCCAACAGUAAGUGUUGGAAUAUCUUCGCAUGGAUCCAACUUCUAGAAUCCUACUUCACGUUUGAAUGAUCUACCAUCUGAGCAUAUAGGCGUUUGUUGUGAUAAGCAUCCUACGUACUGAUAGGAUCACAAAUGUUGAUAGCUUUCUACACAGAAAUAACACUCAACUUCUUUUGGGUUUGUAUAUUCUGGUCGUGAUUGGGUCGUUGUUUCUGUGACAUUUUGAAAAGGUGGGAACAAUUUUUCUCAGGCUGUUUUUUUUCCUCUUUCUUAAGCGAUCAAUUGAUCUGUUGUCAAGUUUUCUGUGUCACCUUCGGUGUAAACCUAACAAAUUGUAGCAACUAACGAAAUUUAAUGCUCAAGUUUUCAAGUUAGUUUUGCACACUUCUCUGACGUCAAGGCGAACACAAAUUCUAACCGAGGAAAUUGAAUCGAAUACUGGAGACAUUCUCAGACAAUUCAAGCACAAAGUGUUUCUGAUUUGGUAUUUUAUUACCUUUUCAAGUUCGUUCUUCAGACCUAUGCCGGCGUGUUAGUCAUGCAUCGGAUUUCUUCCUGUUGUCAAACUAAUACGAGCAGGAGAGAAUUUUUGCCAAGUUCAUUUAAUCUCUGUUAAUAAGACUUUACACGUUAGAUUCUCUUUCUGUACAGAUUGAAAGACCAGCAAACGUCAAUCGAGUGGGUGUUUAGUCUUUGUAUGGCAGUUAUCGUAACCAACUCUUCCCAUUUUGCAUACUAUUCCCACCCCAAGAAAGUUUUCCAAGACUGACUCACUUAGCUAUCGGAGCUUAGCAUUACGUUACGAGGUGUAUUGUUACUCCUCCGAUUUAUAAGAUGAAAAUAUUUAUUCCCCUUCUCCCUCAUUUUGCAUCCGUUCAGUUUGCACGACAGUUCCCUGAUGUAUACAGUGGGUUAUGGAGUGGCACCGCCAAGAUCACAACAUAAUAACCCGAGCAAGGUUCGAAACAGAACAUUUGACGCUAAAAUGCAAUAAAGCCCUGUAAAAGCUUUUUUGUCUCUUUUUCCGCCAAAACGUCCUCGAGUCUGAAGCUCAAGUUUGCCCCGUAAUCGGGGCAAAGUAGGUCCGCAACACGUCCGGAUCUUAAAAUUUGGUGAGCAAACUAUAAAAAAAAUUGAUUCAUAAACAAGAUGAACAAACUCGUAAUUUAUGGCAUCAUAUUUGGAUAUCAUCUCUAACAUGUUUUUUUUUCUGAAAAAAAGAGAAAAUUUAUUUUGUUAUGUUCCUUCGUAUGUAAUCCCCUGUUGAAGUCCUAAAUGUAAUAACUGUCCUAAAUGUAAUAAAGUCCUAAAUGUAAUAACAUUUGGUCCUAAAUGUAAUAAGCCUCUAAUGCAAUCGUUUAACUCCUACAGUGCAUUGUUGUUAUGGCGGACAUCCACAUUGAUAUGUUAGUGACAGCUGUUGCUCAAAAAAAACCGCUGACCAGUAUACAUGUGACAUUAUGGGCCCGCUGAUAUCAAUCAGCGUCUUUUUACUUGCUAGACAUAAGAAAUAUCAGCAGUCGAAGUAUGGUCCUUAAAGCGGUUUAUUGAUCGAGUUGAAGAAAAUCAUUUCCAGCCCAAAGUGGGCAAGUGCUUGGCUGGAAGCUCAAUAGGAUGGAAUCGAUUGGUACGUAACCACUAAGACUUUUUGGAAAAGAAAUUUACUACAAUUGAUGAUGAACUAGCAUGCUAUUGUUGAUGUUAUCGUUCGUGUUAAAGUCUUUAGAAGUGAUGCACCAUUUUAGAACAGUUUGAAUGAUUUCUGUUAUUAUUAUUAUAAGUAGCGUUAUUGAAAUUUUGCACAUCAAUGUUAUUCAGUGUCAAAUGAUUCUAAUGAAGCAUUUGAGUUCAUUUUUAAGAAUGAAUAUCCUGAUUUAUUCAAUUUUGAACCUGGGGUGUUGCAUUUCCAGCCCUCUAUGGCUUUACUCCACCUCAGUAAUCAGUUCAUGUACCAUAUGACUAUAAGUGGAAGCUGUUGAGCUUUCUUUUUUCAUUCAUCUAUUUAUCUAUUCAUUUUCUCCCCUCACGGUGGGGAGAAGAGGUGAAGACAAAAAAUGAAAUAUAAACUUGAGAUCAACUUUAAAAUGUAUGUUUUCCUAAUAUUUCGGUUCGGGAACUGAUGAACCCGUCAUAAGGGGCUAAAGGAAAAAAAUGAAUGGUUCAUUAGACCACCAACUGACCAUCAUGUGUUGAAUGGUGUAGCUCAAUGGUUCAAUUUGACUCUUGCGUAGAAAAAGGCAACAUGUCGAGACCUGUGAUCGUGAAAUGGGAUUACAUAUCAUUGGUCAGUUGAUAUCUUGCUCUGCACUUAUCACUCUGCCCCUAGAAACAAAAUAAGUAACACAUUUAACACUUCAAAGGCUACACUUGUAUAUCUGAAUAGGGUGGAGAAGGUGAGGACUCAUUAGGCGAUUGAUCCCUACCCCAGGUCUUGUUUUAUGCAUGAUUAGCGAUGUGAUGUGUCAACCGCACCCAGCUUUCAACUUAUUUAGCUAGACAUGGAUGUUCAACAGCUCUUUACAAGUCUCAAGAAGGAAGCCGAGUGUCCACUGUGUCUAGAAACUGUCAAAGAUCCCAAGACACUGCCAUGUCUACACUCUUUCUGUCUGUGGUGUAUCGACAAACACGCAGGAUAUGCAAAAGAAAGUUAGAGGCGACGAUCAAAUGUCCACUUUGUCAGGCUUGCUUUCAGAUCCCUGAAGGAGACACGUUUGGCAACCUUCCCACAUCUUUUCAUCUCAACCGAUUGGUAGAUCUCCUCGCUCUGAGAAAUGACGGCGAAGAGGCUCAGAGAUGCAGUAAUUGUGAAGAAAACAACACGGUAACUUGCUACUGCUUUGUUUGCCAGACCUUUCUUUGCAAGGAUUGUUUUGAUGCUCAUCAACGCCUGAAGGCCACAAGAGGUAUCAUAAUUCUUUGAUCGAUAAUUUGCAAGCACAAGAUGUGGAGGAGUUGAUGCACAGACCCGCCAUGUGUGCAAAGAAAUAUCAUGAGAAUGAACUGCUUGAUUAUUAUUGUCAAGACUGUAGCGUUUGUAUUUGCCACAGGUGCAGUAUAGUGAGUCAUAAUCGAAAUACUUUAGUAGACUUACAGGAGGCUGCCGAAGAACAAAAGAUGCAAAUGACGCAAGUCUUUGCCAGAGUUAAGGAAAAACUUGUUAUCGUGGAGUCAAAGAUAUCGAAGCAAACUGAACUGAUGACCAAAAGCGAAAAGAAAUCUGCGCCGCUGAAGAGAAUGUUACGAAAACUGUGCAAGACAUUAUUCGAGUUGCGAAGGAACAUGAAACGGCUUUACAAACUAAGCUGGCAGAAAUUGAAGUUACCCAACAAAGGAAUUACGCAGCAAAAAUAGGAAAUGUUCAUUUACUCGCGGCUCACUGAAAGAUGAAGUUUCUUUGAACAACAGUAAACCGUUAUCAUGUGUCAUUUCAAGUUUACCAAAAAUGCUUCAGUUUGUUGUGUUUCCCGUACGAAAAAGGAUGGGUUUUCAACAAAUCAUAGACUUGCUAGUCGCAUUUAUUUUUUUAGACUGGAAUAGGCAGUACUUCACAGUAAAAACAGCAAGAACACCAGCGUUUAACUUGAAUAACUCACUUUAAAUCCAGCACAAUCGUUCUCAUAAUCAGUGGGAACCUGGGAAGGUGAAGAAACCUAGGGAGAGAGGUAGAAAGUCAGAGACUUCCGAGUUUAAAUUCGGCGCAAUGCGGGAACCAAACUAAUUAGUGCACAGCAAUAAAGUUGAAGCUUUCAUUGCCAAAGUUGCUGAUUUAGAGGAGAUAUCGCACGGGGUUAUCUUCAAACGCCUGAGAAUUCCAUGGAUGGCAAGAUAGGAAGAGAGGUUUUCCCUUUCCUUAGCCUUCUCGAAUGAUGUAUAUUGCACUCGGAUACUUUGCUCGAAAUCUAACUCCUCAUGAUCAGUCAAUUACUUUUCUAUGCAUUUUAUCUAAUUCAUUUUUUCCCCAACCUUGCAUUGUUAUUUUUGCCCUUACAGAAAGGAAAUGAAAAUGGAUCAUUUUCGACCCCAGAAAUCUGAAAUAUGAUCACCGCAGGAAAGGAAAAGAAAUGCAAAAGCUGAACAGCGUGCCAGAACAAGGAAAUAAUAUACAGUUCAAAUAGAAUGUAAAAACAAAUUUUGCAAAUGUCAAUGAUCCUGUUGAUUUCCCCAAGUAAAAUGUGUCAUCAAAUGAUUAAAACAACAUUGUAAAUUUUCACACAGA